AUGAGCUCGGCGUGUCUCGGUAGUGAUCCGCGGAGUAGCUGGGAGCGCAGCAUAUCGGCGUGGGUGGGGCCCCGCGCACGCGCAGUGCCCAGGCGAGUGCAACCAGCGGCCCCCUCCUUCCCCCCACCCCUCGGCAGCUCGUGGCGCUCGCCCCCUCCGCUCCCCGCCCCGCCCCCCGCCUGCCCGGCGCUGAUCUGUAAUUCACGGCAACCGGCGUCCCGCGCCCAGCAGCCGGGUCCCGGGCUAGCUGCCUGCCGCCCACGCGCGGCACCGCCUGCUGCUAUCUGCCGCGAGCGCCGGGAAGCCGGCCACACCACGUCACCAGCCGCGCCGCGAGGGGUGUGGCCGCCGCCGCCGCCGCCGCCGCCGCCGCCGCCCCGUCACUCUGCCAUUAAUAUUUAUUUCCGCGUUCAUGCUUCUGGGUCGUCUGGCGAACGGCGGCGCGUGAGGUGGAUCCCGCAGAGGUGGGUGGCAGGCAGGGCGGCGGCUGUUGCGCGGGCAGCCGCCAUGGCACGGGCAGGGGUCCGGCGGCCGGCGUGGUGCCUACCUUCGGCCAGUCCCAUGAAUGCGCGCCGAUCGCCUGUGGGCGGCUACUCGACGCCCCGAGGGCCGCCAGUCGCCGAGGGCUCAGCAGGUGAGGCGCAGCACGACUGGAACGGCGAGCUCGCGGCGCCGGGCCCCUCGUCGGCCGCUCGCCAUCACACCGACGACGACAACAACACGCCGCGCCACGCGCCACGCGCACUGCUCAGCGGCGACGCGCUCGCACUGCCGGGCUGCGCGCCAACAUGGCCGACGACGAUGACGUCGCUGCGCGUGCAGACCAGGUCGCCUCACAGAUACAGUACUCCACCGGCCUCCGCUGGCUUUAUAAGGCCAGUGCAGCAGCAGUACAGCCAGUUCCUCACCGAGCUAGGACCAGCUCCGACGGACCUCACCGACGCUCUUGAUGAAUGGUUGUCUACAAGUUAUUUGGUUUUGUGUGUAUAUAGUGAUUGUUAG